CACUGAUAGCAUACCCAACUUUUCUAUUGGUCAGCGGACUUUAGGGGGACUUUACUAUAAUCAUACGUUACUUUUCUCUUAACAGAAGGACUUUUCUCUUUCCACUGGAUUAGCAUUACUUUUUAUAAGAGGACUUUUCUAUUAUUCAGCGGAACUUUCGUUUGACUCAGCGGACUUUGAAUGAACUUUACUAUCCUCCUGCGUCACUUUUCUCUUAACAGAAGGACUUUUCUCUUUUCAAUGGAUGAUCAUUAUUUUUUAUAAGAGGACUUUCCUAUUUUUCAGCGGAACGUUCUUUUUACUUCGCGGACUUUAGCAGGACUUUACUAUCAUCAUGCGUCACUUUUCUCUUAACAGAAGGACUUUUCUCUUUUCAAUGGAUAAUCAUUAUUUUUUGUAAGAGGACUUUUCUAUUUCUCAGCGGAGUUUUCUUUUUACUUAGCGGACUUUAGAUGUACUUUACUGUCAUCAUGCGUCACUUUUCUCUUAACAAAAGGACUUUUCUCUUUUCAAUGGAUGAUCAUUAUUUUUUGUAAGAGGACUUUUCUAUUUCUCAGCGGAAUUUUCUUUUUACUUAGCGGUCUUUAGAUGUACUUUACUGUCAUCAUGCGUCACUUUUCUCUUAACAGAAGGACUUUUCUCUUUUCAAUGGAUGAUCAUUAUUUUUUGUAAGAGGACUUUUCUAUUUCUCAGCGGAGUUUUCUUUUUAUUUAGCGGACUUUAGGAGGACUUUACUACCAUCAUACGUCACUUUUCUCUUAACAGAAAGACUUUUCUCGUUUGAACGGAUGAUCAUUAUUUUUUGUAAGAGGACUUUUCUAUUUCUCAGCGGAGUUUUCUUUUUAUUUAGCGGACUUUAGAUGUACUUUACUGUCAUCAUGCGUCACUUUUCUCUUAACAGAAGGACUUUUCUCUUUUCAAUGGAUGAUCAUUAUUUUUUGUAAGAGGACUUUUCUAUUUCUCAGCGGAAUUUUCUUUUUACUUAGCGGUCUUUAGAUGUACUUUACUGUCAUCAUGCGUCACUUUUCUCUUAACAGAAGGACUUUUCUCUUUUCAAUGGAUGAUCAUUAUUUUUUGUAAGAGGACUUUUCUAUUUUUCAGCGGAAUUUUCUUUUUACUUAGCGAACUUUAGGAGGACUUUACUAUCAUCAUGCGUCGCUUUUCUCUUAACAGAAGGAUUUUUGUUUAAAAUGUACAUCUGUAACCAACACAUUAGUUGCUUUAAUGGAACCAGUUUUUAUUUUAUUAUUAACAAGACUAAAUCAACAUUUAUAUUUUUUUAAGGGAAAACAUGAAGAAUUUAGUCUUGCAUUUGCUGGUACAACUGUUCAUGAUAUGUUCAAUUGGUUAAAAGUACUUAUUUCAAUAGCUAACAUUCGAUUUUCUUUGAAACGUAAACAACAAACCAAAGAGCUUUCACUUGAUAAUGUUUUUCUUUAA